AUUUCCCACUCUUCCAUGGCCAGCAGUCCGGCACAAACAAUGUCUCUUUCUGUACUUGACGUAAAUGGCUUUGAAGCGAGAUAGUUACUGCGUUUAAUCACUAACAACGGAGAGAUUUUAAAAACCUAAAAAAUCUCAACUCUUACGAUCUCAGAAAAGCUGCUGCCAAUUCUAUCACUUUUCACGCCAAUGCUCGCGCCAGGGAUACUAUUGGUGGCUGUUAUCGUAUCAUUUCCAGUUUAAAAACUUAAAUUCACUAUCUUCAGCGGGAACUUAAUCUCGUUAACCAGCGACUUGGGUUCUAUCAGCAGCUUUUCAUACUUUUCUUCUGCUAAAGCAUCGGCCAUUUCCCGCCAAUUAUCCCUGGAAGAAUGUCGACGAUGGUCACUUCUAGAGAUGUUCAAGAGAUCGUCUCAAAACUCUCAUCUGACAAAGCCAAAAUCCGAGAGGAUGGAAUAAAAUUGUUGAACACAUGGUUAGAAGGAGAAAGAUCCAUAAAGUUCUGCACAUUCCUUGGACAGAACACAGCAAAGCUUAAGCCUAAUGAAAUUCCUCACUCGGAAACAUGGCCAUUUCUCGUGACAUUGCUUACUAAAUGUGUGUCAUUGGAGAUAUCUACUAGCAAGCGAAGAUUACCUAAGGCGAGUCUUGCAAAAACUCUGAGAAUUGUUGUUCAACGAGCUGAGGAUGCUAAGUUUUCCGGCAAGACAUUGCUGCUAUUACCUGUGGUUAAAACGCUCUUUAAUCAUAUAUGGGAUGUCCUCAGCAAUGUUCCAAGCUUUCAGUCAGAAUAUGGGAUUAUUCUUCGGCAUCUAAUAGCAGUUAGAGAUUACCGAUUUCACUUGAGGGACCGCAUCUAUUGCGGGCUUAUUCGUCUUUAUAUAGAGAAAGUGGAAAUGGGCAUGGGAGGGAAAAAUGACAAUCAAGUUAAUAUAAAAGAGGAGGUCUAUCGCUAUGUCCUAACACUGCAGUCGCUUUUGGAAAAUCCUCCUGGAGAUUUCCCAGAUGAACUCAGGGAAGACAUUCUUAAGGGGCUUGUUCAGAUUUUCUCCUGUGUAAGGGAGGAGGGAAAGUUCUCACGUAGACUUAUUGAGUGCGUUAAUGUCUACUUGUUGAAAGAUGGUCCAAAUUUGGGUUGCCAGUCUUUGGAGAUACACAAUGCUGUGCAGCAAUUUGUCUUUCGUUUUUGGAUGACAACGCAUGACAGGGUUUUGAAGGAUGCAUUUAUACUCUAUGCUAGGUUGCAGCUGAAUCUAGCAAGAGGUAUUGCUGAUAGAAGUUUGUUGAUUGAACAAUUUUUGGAUGUAGUAUGUAAGGAACUAGAUCAAAGCAGUAUAUCCAGCAUAAGCAUGCCCAGAACAGACGCAACCAAGGAGGAUAAGUCUGGAACUUUGAGUGGCUCACAAAGUAGUUUGGUGGAACUUGCAGCCCAUGUUUUUUAUCAGGCCUGUGUUAACACGUGUAAAGCACAGCCAUCUGAAAAGCGGGUAAAAAGGGAACAUGCUACUGUCAUUUUAAAAGAAGCACUUACUGAAGGAAAAUGGUUAUGGAAUGCAGCAUUUUGUUGUCUUGUUCAUAACUACUACAGUCGCAUGAAUAAAGAUCUUUUCAUAUACUGGUUUGAAGGCCUUUUGAAAAGCUUUGAGAGGAUUUUGAGUGAUGCAUGUAUGGGGCAUGCUUAUGAUGGUUUGCUGUGGACCUUGAGGAGUUUGCAGGAGCUGUCUACUAUUUUGCCGCUUUCAGAUUCUCAAGUGGAGAUAUGGUCCAGGUCUUCAUCUAUAUCAAAUGAGUUGGAUUCUAGUUGGCAAUUAUUAUGGAGCUGUAUAAUGCACGGGCUGCCAUUAUUGAGUAAUAUAACUGCAGUUGCAGAUGCGGCUCUUUUCCUACUUGGAAGUAUUAUAUCCAAUCAUUUGACAAAUACCUUUGUUGUGCCUCAAGAUGUAUGGGACCUCAAGUUAUUUAAGCAAAUGCCUUCAAGGUCUGUUUUGUACUUCAUUGCAUGCUAUUUUUCUCAUAAGGGUUCUCAAGGUGACCUUCGAGACUCUUUGCAUCUUCGGAAGAAUCUCUUGACAACAAUUUUGAGCUAUGUGAACUGGAAGGAAUUUUCCAUAUUAAAUGAGCAUAUGGUACUGUUGUUGCCAGCCGCUGUUUAUGCUCUUUGUGCUGGCUGUGCCCCAUUCACACAUUGUUCCAAAGGACUUGCCCUGUUGCACACUUUUUUCAUGGACAAAUUUGAGGCUGCAGAUAAUUGGGUUAAGACAGACGAAAAUGAGAAUGAAAGGCUUUGUGGACUCUUUGAAUGCUCAGUGGAGGUUUUGGCAAAAAUUUAUUUGGGUUCUCAAGUUGAGAUUGCUUCACACAAAAAUCAAAGCGUACGCCUUUCCAGACAAUUAAGAGAUCCGCUGCAGCAUGAAAUGGAGACUCAUAUUCUUGGAGCUCUGAUGAAUAACCAAAUCAGCAAAAGGCCUUUAUCUGAUGUUUUAUUUAUAUGCGCACUAUUAUCUAAUUUUAUACAUGGCUCAUUGGUAACAAGGAAAAGAGAAGAAAUAUUACCCUUUCUCACCAAAAUGGGCCAGUAUUUACUAGAAUUGCUAGAUCAUGCUGUUAUUGUAAUUAAAGAAAAUGGCAACGACUUCCAAUCUCUUGGUUGUUCAAGCUCUAGUUCUGACUGCAAUUCAAAAGACAAUAUUUUAGCUUCAUUUAGAAGCCUUCUCUUCUCUCUAAUCUUUGUCAAAGGGGGAGAUGAAAAUUCUUUGGACCCUGUACUUUAUGGUGCUAUAAUUCAAAAUAUAGAGAGGCUUUUGCAGGCACUUGCUGAACUAUAUGAACGAUUUGCUGAAAGUGCACAAAAUUCUCAUUCUGACUUGACGAUGUCUUCACAUUCAUCUGAUGCUUCCUUUCAAAUAUCUUGCCCACUAGAUAGCAAUAGAAGUAGGAUUGUGGACAUGGAUUUAGAUGUGAAUGAAGAUACAAAUAAUGUGGAUAUUCUGAAUUUUGGUGGCAGAAUUACUAGUGGUAUAUCCUUUUCUAUGGUUAGCUGGAAGUUGGGAAUGGUUUCAAUUAUUUCAGGUUUUUUCUCAGUCAUAGAUUUUGUCACUUGGGAUAUCCUUCUUGAACUUAUGAGAAAAGAAUGUGACACAAAGGUCUAUGACCGGGUUCUUUACUAUUUGUGUCAACAUCCAGACUGGUCCUCUUCUGCAAAGAUUAUGGACUUGGUCAAAACAAUGCAUAACAUGAUGGAGAUACGAGUUAGUGUCAAACUUGAUUGUGCUAGUAUGCUUGCUGCUGGUCAAAGAUUGAUCUGUACCUUGCUAUCCUUGGAUGCUGUUGGAAAGGCUGCUGACAAAAAGUCAACUGUAAAAGAAUAUGAUCCUAUUUUGAUAAGUCUUGGAAAUUUACUUAGCAAAGUUGCAGAAUUUGGUCUUCUUGACUGGAUGGGACGGGCUAAGCUAAUUGAGUGCAUUUGUGAUCUUCUCUUACUCAGUCCUCAAGUUGGACAGACAAUGAUAGAAAGGUUAUUCUUACUCCUUCAAGAUCCUGAAUUUCGAGUAAGAUUUUCUCUGGCUCAGCGAAUUGGUGUUCUUUUUGAAACAUGGGACGGCCAUGAGGAACUUUUCCAAGAUAUCUGUUCAAACUUUGGUAUCACAAUGGUGCUCCACUCGAAAGGAAAACUUGUUAGUGCUAAAGAGGUCCUAGGUGCUGGUCCUCAGCCACGCCCAAGAAUAGAAACUGUUAUUAUUACUCUCAUGCAUGUUGCUCUGCAUAGUGAUAAAACAGAGUUGGAGGCCAUUUUUAUGAUAUGUGUGGUUGCUGCUAUUGACCCUUGUCAUAGGGAGUUGGUCAAUGCAGUAAUUGAUAACCUAUCAAGGCAGCUCCAAUAUGCAACUAGGUUCAAGUACUUGGAGGAACUUAUUGGAACAAUUCUUUUUUUCUGGGUUGCUUGUGGUGUUAGCCUAGUUUCUCUUGUCGAGAUAAGGCAACUUUUUGUGCCUGAUGCAGAGCCUGGUUAUUUCAUGCAAUACUGUUUCCAUUGGCUUCUUCCAGCUUUAGUUUUGCAUGAGGACAACUCCAACAUGAAUUGGGUGGCUGAGGUUGCUUCUCAAUCUUUGGCUGUUCUAAUUAGAAACAACUUUGUACCAAUAUUUUCAGUCUGUAUGGUAUUGCAUUGUAGUAAGAGACCUGGUUCAGAUAAGGCAGCUUUGGUGCUUCAGAGUUCAAUUUUGCAUUUUGCUGAGAUAUCCGAGAAUGAAAGAGACAAGCUCAUAAAGAAACAUAUGGUAUCUAUUGUGAGCCACAUACUGUCCCUUACUUCUUGUGCAUCAGAUCCUGAAGUCCCUUUCUUUUCCAAAGAUAUGGUUGCACGUGCAGUUCAAACAGUUGUUGAUGGAUUUUUGGAAAUGGAGGAUUAUCCUACAGGUGUAGCUGUUCUCGACAAGAUUAACAUUUUUCGGGCAGAUAGAGUUUUCAUGUUUAUAGUAGAAAUGCAUUAUAGAAUAGCAGCAGCGAUUCAUCAUAGGCAUAAAUGUCAUAGGUUGGCAAGUAUUGAGGUCCUCAUCGACAUUCUUGGGCACAGAGCUGCUGUUUCAAGCACUUUGAACUACCUUUUCAAUUUGAUUGGGCAAUUUAUUGGUUGUCAAGCUUUGCAAGAUCAAUGUUGUCAUGUAAUUUCUGCAUUGCUCAGAAUAUUUAAAAGCAACCCAUCCAAAGAAGCUGGUAGAGUUCUAGGUGAACAGCUUCAGUUUCUGGUAUCUAAGUUGGUGCCAUGUUGCAUUCCCUCUGACACUACUGGGGAGCAUUCUGGCACUAGAUCAUCUGCCGUCUUGUCUUUGCUCCUCCAGCUAACUGUGGAUUCUGAUCCUUCUCUUCAUGAUUAUAUUACAGAGUUGGAACCUUUCCCGGAGAUAGAUGUCUUUAAUGAGGUUCAGGAGCUCCAUCAGAAGUUAUGCCAAGCCUACUCUCCAAGGGACCACUUACUGAAGUUUGUGAAGAGAUCUUGUUAUCUUCCACCGAGAUUACUUUUAUCGAGUGUCCAGACACUCCACAAGAAGUUGAUCAUGGGGGAAAAUAUUCAGCAGGAAAGGAAUGCAGAGGACAUUGGAAGAGUUAUACAUUGGCAUUCUGAUUCUGAAAUUGUGAAGGCAGUUUGGACACUAGUUAAUAUGUGUGGUUCAGAUGAUGCAAUUGGUAUUAGACCUUUGGUGUCUGAUUUUGUUUCGCGGGUUGGCAUUGGGGAUCCACACUGUGUUGUAUUCCAUCUACCUGGAGAGUCUAAUGACAUUAAUGUUUGCAAAUCCAUAGCUGAAGACAACCCUACUGAAAUCAAUUUUGGCAUGGAGACUGUUGUAUCUGAAGAACUUCUUAUAAGACUUUUGAAACUGUUGAAGAAAUAUCUGAUGGAUGAUUAUGUUAGAAUAGUUGAUUUGACAUCACAAACUCUUCGGGGAAUACUUUCAACUGAAAGGGGUCAAAGAGCUAUACUGUCAUUUGAUUAUUAUGAAAGGUCCCUUAUUGAGAUUCACUCCAAGGGUGUCAAUGUUAAGCUGGUGGAGAAGUUUCUUUUCGAUAUGGAAAGGAGGUUUAGAGCUGAAGCAACUCCAAUAGAGGAGUUUACUGUAUGGGAAACGCAAAACAAAACAUUUGAGAUGUGGAUUUGUCCUCUUGUGUACUCGCUUAUUGGCUACAGCAAUGACGUCAUUUUAAGGUUAUGUCAAGACAUUGUGUUGGUUAAAUCUGAAGUUGCCGAGCUUUUGCUGCCAAGUGUUAUUGUAGAUCUAGCUGGAAGGAAGAAUAUGGACAUUGACUUUCACAAGUUAAUAUCUUUGCGGGUGCAGGAGCGUGUAUUGACAGAGUCUAAUAAGUUGAUAAAAUCCAUCCAAGUCUUCUUGAAAGCACUUAACAAACUUCGGUUAUGCUAUGUCUUGGAAAAGUCCUCCUUUUUACCAUCCAAUCGAGAAAGUCUCAAGAGUGCUAAGCCUUCCAGUUAUGGCUCAAAAUCCCGUUCUACUGCUGUAAAGGCCAGAGAUUCAAUAGCUGCAUCCAGUUCAAUGGCAAUGUCAACAUCUUCGUGGGAGAAGGUUUAUUGGCUAGCCAUUGAUUACCUCAUUGUUGCCAAGUCAGCAAUAAUUUGUGGCUCCUACUUUACCUCUAUGAUGUAUGUGGAGUACUGGUGUGAAGAAAAUUUCAAUAGCCUUACCCUAGGGAAUCCAGAUUUUACCCAUCUUGAGGUGUUGCCAGAUCACAUUGAAGUUCUUGUCUCAGCUGUUACUCAAAUCAAUGAACCUGACAGCUUAUAUGGGAUAAUCCAGUCACACAAGUUGACAUCUCAAGUUGUUACCUUUGAGCAUGAGGGAAACUGGAGCAAAGCCCUAGAAUACUAUGACUUACAAGUCCGUUCAAAUGCCAUGAUGCAAACGAAUGGUGGAUCUGGAACUUUAUUAGCUGAGCAUAAUCAACCAGCAGCAUGUCUAGUCCUAUCUGCAUCAAAAGAUGAGAUUAAGCAGAGAAAACCUUACAAAGGUCUGAUUAGAUCUCUUCAACAAAUUGGCUGCACGCAUGUGCUAGAUUUAUAUUGCCUGGGUUUGACUUCUCGGAAGGGCCAGUUUCAGCAUGAUUUGGAGUUCACAGAAUUGCAGUUUGAGGCUGCUUGGCGUGCAGGAAACUGGGAUUUCUCCUUCCUUGUCCAUGGAGGCAAUUCUUCUUCGCAUCAAAAUGUUAAAAUUGAUCAUUUCAAUGAAAAUUUGCACAGCUGUUUGAGGGCAUUGCAAGAGGGGGAUUUUGAUGAAUUUCACCAAAAACUGAAAGGUUCAAAGCAGGAGCUUGUGUGGUCUGUCUCUUAUGCAAGCGAGGAAAGCACUGAAUACAUAUAUUCCACAAUAAUUAAACUUCAGAUCCUUUAUCAUCUUAGCAUGGCCUGGUUUAUACGAUGGACGUCAUCUCCAUGUGAAGCGAAAGAACUUUGUCCUAAGAAGCAGCAAAGUUUUUCAGAACCUGUAUUCCCUACCAUGGAACAGUUAUCAUGGUUGAAUAUGGACUGGAGCAAGAUUUUGGAGCGAACACAACUUCAUAUGAAUUUGUUAGAACCAUUCAUAGCAUUCAGACGAGUGCUACUUCAGAUCUUGGGUUGUAAUGAAUGUUCUAUGCAACAUCUUUUGCAGUCUACGUCCACUCUUCGCAAGGGUUCUAGGUUUUCUCAAGCUGCGGCAGCUUUGCAUGAGUUUAAGUUUCUUUGUCUUGGCACAGGGGAACAGACUACGUCAUUAUAUUGGCUUGGAAGGCUUGAGGAAGCAAAGUUACUGCGUGCAGAAGGUCAGCAUGAGAUGGCUAUUAACCUUGCAAAAUAUAUAUCGGAAAAUUGUCAUUCAACUGAAGGACCUUCAGAUGUGUAUCGCUUAGUCGGGAAAUGGCUGGCAGAAACUAGAUCUAGCAACUCAAGGACUAUUUUAGAGAAGUAUCUGAAACCUGCAGUUUCCCUAGCGGAGGAUCUGAAGGCAACUCACAAAAAAGCGAUAGAAAGACAAAGCCAAACUCAUUUUAAUCUUGCACACUAUGCAGAUGCUCUAUUUAGGUCGUAUGAGGAAAGACUAACCUCUAGCGAAUGGCAAGCAGCAAUGCGUUUAAGGAAACACAAGACAUUGGAGUUGGAGGCACUUCUUAGGCGGUUCAAAAGUUCUACAAAGGGGGACAAGACUGACUAUUCAACAAAAAUACAAGAGUUGCAGAAACAGCUUACAAUGGAUAAGGAAGAGGCUGAGAAACUGCAGGAUGAUCGGGACAAUUUUCUCAGCCUAGCAUUAGAGGGAUACAAGCGUUGUCUGGUCAUAGGCGAAAAAUAUGAUGUACGAGUGGUGUUUCGACUUGUUUCCCUAUGGUUCACCCUCUCUUCUAGACAAAAUGUCAUUGAUAACAUGCUCCAAACUAUCAAUGAGGUCCAAUCAUAUAAGUUUGUAGCAUUAGUUUAUCAAAUUGCUUCAAGAAUGGGGAGCUCAAAGGAUAGUGUGGGACCUCAUAAUUUUCAGUUUGCUUUAGUUUCCCUUGUGAAGAAAAUGGCCAUAGAUCAUCCGUAUCAUACAAUUUUUCAGCUUCUUGCUCUAGCAAACGGUGACCGUAUCAAGGACAAACAGCGUAGCCGAAACUCAUAUGUGGUGGAUAUGGAUAAAAUACUUUCAGCAAGAAAUCUUCUAGAUGAGCUUUCAUCAUAUCAUGGAGCUGUUAUUGGCCAAAUGAGACAAAUGGUCGACAUCUACAUAAAGCUUGCAGAGCUUGAAACAAGGAGAGAGGAUACGAACAGAAGGGUGGCACUACCAAGAGAUAUCCGCAGUGUUCGAGAUUUAGAACUGGUACCUGUGGUGACAGCUAGCUUUCCAGUUGAUCGUAACUGUAAUUAUCAUGAUGGUUCUUUCCCAUACUUCAGAGGAUUAGCGGAUUCGGUUAUGGUAAUGAAUGGUAUUAACGCCCCAAAAGUGGUUGAAUGUAUUGGCUCUGAUGGUAAAAAAUAUCGACAACUAGCAAAAUCUGGAAAUGACGACCUUAGACAAGAUGCAGUUAUGGAGCAAUGUUUUGGUCUGGUUAACACUUUUUUACAAAAUAAUCGAGAUACGUUGAAGAGGAGAUUAGGUGUGCGUACAUACAAGGUUAUUCCUUUUACUCCAAGUGCUGGUGUUCUUGAAUGGGUUGAUGGCACUCUUCCCCUUGGAGAAUAUCUUAUAGCAAGUACGAGAAAUGGUGGUGCUCAUGGUCGCUAUGGAAUUGGAGACUGGUCAUUUCUAAAAUGCAGAGAGCUCAUGUCAAAUGCCAAAGACAAGCGUAAAGCAUUCCAGCAAGUUUGUGAGAAUUUCAGACCAGUUAUGCAUCACUUUUUUCUCGAGAGAUUCUUGCAACCAGCUGACUGGUUUGAGAAGAGACUUGCGUAUACGCGUAGUGUGGCUGCAAGUUCAAUGGUGGGUUAUAUUGUCGGCCUUGGAGACAGACAUGCCAUGAAUAUCUUAAUUGAUCAAACCACUGCAGAGGUUGUUCACAUAGAUCUUGGUGUUGCUUUUGAACAAGGGUUGAUGCUCAAGACACCAGAGCGGGUUCCAUUCAGACUGACAAGAGACAUAAUUGACGGCAUGGGGGUUACUGGAGUGGAAGGGGUUUUCAGAAGAUGUUGUGAGGCAACUCUCGCUGUUAUGCGUACAAAUAAAGAAGCAUUACUGACCAUUGUUGAAGUAUUUAUCCAUGAUCCCUUGUAUAAAUGGGCUUUAUCCCCUCUGAAAGCCUUGCAGCGCCAAAAGGAAAGGGAUGAUGAUCUGGAGACAAGUUUGGAAGACUCACAAGAUGAAUAUGAAGGGAACAAAGAUGCUGCACGUGCACUGAUGCGUGUCAAGCAAAAGCUAGAUGGAUAUGAAGAAGGUGAAUUAAGAAGUAUAAACGGACAGGUUCAACAGCUUAUACAAGAUGCCAUUGAUCCGGAGCGUUUAUGUCAAUUGUUUCCUGGAUGGGGAGCUUGGAUGUAAAUGUUAUCUUUCCCCAAUUUGCGCAGUCAUAUUGUACAGGCGGUUUUAGUUUAGUUAUAUAAACCAAGAGGCUGUUGGGUUUGGUUGGUGGAUGCAUAGAGAAGGUAAAAGUUUUGGUAAUAGAAAAUCUGUUGGACAAUGGAGGUAGGUGAUAAGGUUCAGUUAUAAUAGAAACCCAGUGGGUUGCACUUCAGAAAGAGGAAACAGAACAGAAGAAUACAAGACUAACAAGAGGAGAGAAACUGAGAAUAGAUUGUAUUAAGAUGACAAAAUGAAUCAAGUUACCUUUACAAUUGAGCAAAUUUCCUUUACAUUUUUUUUUUUUUUUUUUUUUUUUCAAUUUUUUUUUUUUUUUUUUUUUUUUUUUUUUUUUUUUUUUUUUUUUGAAGACUAAUUUAUAAUUAAUUGUUUAUCUCAUACCAUUCAAAUUAAAUAAUAAUCCAUAUUAACAAAAUGUGUAUGGAUAGGCCUGGCCCAAGUCCCUAGGACAUUUAAGGACACGUGGAAUUUAGAAAGCUGUGGGGUGGUAAUUUUGGCCACCAACCUAUCUUGGACUUUGGGAUGAGGUUGGGUUUGGGACCCUUGGCUGCAUGUGUCAUGAUCUGAUUAUGAUGGCGAUGGUAUUUCUUGUUUUUCCCUGUAA